AUGAGCUUCAAGCUAAUCAGCUGGAACGCUCAGGGGAUUGCAAAGCUCAGUGCCGAGUUCUUCGUGGAGACGCUGCGAGAGCAGCACGACUACGACGCGGCCAUCUUCCAGGAGGUGGGCUAUUGGGGCACGACCACGAAGCUAGAGGUCAGCGGAGGCGAUCUCUACCUGGUCACACCGCGCGUCGGUGGGAAGAAGCAGAUGGGGCUGCUGGACUCCCUGGGCGAGCUCCUCGACCUGAUCACCACGGCGCCCUCUGUGGCGUAUCCGAUCGUGGGCGUGGACGCGCAGACGGCUCUGCCUCCCCCGAGGGCGGACAAGGAGCGCUGGAUCGGGGACUUCCCCGGACCCGCCUGCCACUGCGACUUCAAGCGCCCGCCAGCCCAGACCGACUAUGUCCUGAUACCUGCUCGCGACAUCUGGAAGGUCAGCACCGCGCGCGAGGAGGUCGUCGCCAGCGCGCAGUCCGACCACUCGGCCAUCAAGCUGGAGCUCACCCUCGGCACCAGGGGGCGCUACGUCUGGAACGGAGGCCGCGCGCCCAUGAAGGGCUGGACCUGCCUCGACAACCGCUUCCAGCGCUGGAGCCACAACGCCUGCUACGCCGACCGCAACCCAGCGCCAAUCACCCACGAGCUCAUGCAGACGCUGCGGAUGUUGGAGGCGCGUCGGCGGGGCACCCGCGACCGCGUGCAGCGCGCGAUCUACGGCAAGGACAUCAUCGGGAUUCGCAGGCAGAUCUGGGCCGCGAACAGGGCCCUGCAGCACGGCUCACACGAGGCUGGCAAUCCUCGAGUACGAACACCUCGCCGAGCUCUACCUGGGCCGGCCCGCAUCCAGCUGACGAGCGCGGCGGGGGAGAUCGAGGACGACCCGCUGAGGAUCAAGGAGCUUCUGGGGCGCGAGUACAGCAACGCCUUCAGGGCCAGCCACGGGGAAGGGGCCUGCCGGGGGCUCCGCGAGGCUCCUGGCGACGUGGAGGCCAUGAAGGCGCCUGGCGUGGACGGGGUGGUCGCCGAGGUCCUGCAGAAGCUCAACGCGCUCGGCCUGAUCAAGAAAUGCGGCAGCAAGCUGACCCUGCGGAGCCCGCAGUACGCCUAUCGGAAGUCCCAGGCGAUGGGCGUGAUCUUCAGCAUGCGCAUGCAUGUGGAGAAGGCUCGCGAGUGGAACCGACCCAUCUUCAUCAUGGACGGCGACAUCGAGGCGGCCUUCGACCGUGCAUCGCACCGCUCGAUCGAGGAGACGCUGCGCAGAAGGGCCGUGCCAAGGCCCGCGGUCCUGGCCAUCGUGAGGGAGUUGUCGGCGUCGGCGGUGAUCAAGAUGGGCUCGAUCCAGACGCAACCAGUACUUCGGACUCCUGGCAUUCGACAAGGAACCCCAGCCAGCACGAUCCUCUUCAACCUGGUGCUGGAGGAUGCCUCGGAGGAAUUUUUGGACGAGUGCUGGACGCACGGCCAGGGCUUCGAGUUCCCAGGAGAGGCGACGCUGCACGAGGCGGGGCUGCUCCACGCCGACAACUUAUGGCUGUUCGCGGGCGCGGCCGAGACGCUGCGCCUGAUGGCGAUGGCCUGGCGACGCGUUCUUCGAGAUCGCGGUUGGCGCAUACCUCCCUCCGGUCUGACCUGGGGCGCGACGGCGUUGGGCCGCGAGUUCGGCGACUACCAGGCGAGGGUCGAGGGCGGCAUCCUGACGCGCGCGCCGCGCGCCGAGGGUUUUCCUUGCCUCGGCGCUGUUUUCGACUUCGAUGGAACGUCUUGGAAGGACACGCAGCACAGGGCAGCGCGCUUGUUGAGCCUUUUACGCUCUCAAGCUGUCUCUGCCUGGACGCGCCUGCCGCUGGCAGCAGGCCGCGAAGCUGCUCGAGCGAGCUAUCAAUCCUGUCUUGCCCUGUGGUUCGGGGGCAGUCUCUGCGCUCUACAGACCCAGCCGACAUGGAACAUAGAUGUGAAUCUUCGCAGGCUCACCUGGGCUGGUCAUCUAGCCCGCUAG